AUGGCCGGCCUCUCCUCCUUCCCUCACCUCUCCUCUACUCCAUGGCCGCCCACCACCGCCGCAGUAGCCCUCGCCGCCGUCGUGCCACCCAUGGCCGCCGCAGGCACGGAUCUGCUGCCCCCGCGGCCGCCGCCGGCCCCUGCGGGAGCGAAUCCCGCGCUGCCGCCGGCCCCGGCGAGAGUGAAUCCCACGCCGCCGCCACCUGAGGGCACGGAUCCGGCGCCGCAGCCACCUCAACCCUACCCUGCAGGCGCGAACCGGCAGCCCCCGCCGCCUCUGGUCACCCCCGCCGCCCCUCCCCUCGACCUGGGCGCGGGGGGCGCGGCUGCCGCCACCGCCGCCCUAGCAGCUGGCGCGGGGGGCGCGGCCGCGGGUGCUGCCCCUGCAGGUGCCUCUGCCGCCGCCGCCGGGGGCGCCUGGCGCGCACCGGGCCCGCGGACGCCCGCCAGCGCCGCCUGGCGCGCGCCUGGCCCGUGGCUCGUGGCCCCCGUGGCCUCUGCUGCCCCCGCGGCCCUCCCUGGGUAG